CUAAUCAUAAAUCCUCUCUCCGGUCUCUCUGUGUUCAUUUAGAUCCCAGUCCAAUAUAUUUCAAUUCUCUGCGCUGGAAUCCACUAAUCUUUUUAUUUUCUCCUUCAAGAAUCCAAACCUCUUUCGCCAAUCUCUCUUGCGCUCGUUGUUGUCUUUGUAUCAUCUCUUCAACUUCGUGUAAAUAAAUUUGGUGGCUUUGCAAGGCACAGAACCUGCAAAUAAAUCGAAUUCAAGACCCAGAAAAAAUGAGGUAAAAAUCUUGAAAGGAUAAUUUUGGGGGCUUUGUUUGCGAACCUAAUUUUCCCUUGCAAUAUCAUUCCCUGACGCCUUGAUUUCAGAUUCAUGUCAACUUUUAGUUCUUUUGUAGAUAUUCUUCUGUUGGUUUCUUGAUUUUAUUGCUCAUAUAAACUUGUGAACAUAGAGUAAAAGAAGAUAACUCUGUGCUCUUUUAUUGUUUGUACUCUUUUCUUUCUUGUUGUUUUUUGAUUACUAGGGAGUUAAGCUAAGAAGAUUAAACCCAAAAAAAAAAAAAAAAGAAGAAAAAAUAUAUAAACAAAGCAAUAGUUUCAUGGCAGGAUGGUCAAUGUUAGCAAAUGGGUCUUCUUUAGAUUGUGCUGAUAUUAUCAAUGGAUGUAAGGGUAAUGCUUGUAGUACUGACGCUAAUCAUGAGGCAAAGGAUCGCAAUGCUGUCCAUGAGUCUGAUGAUGAUUAUGAAGUGAAACUAAGAUGCCUGUUUGAUCAGGUUCUUUCGGUUUUCACCAAUGAGGCUGCUUCUAGGGGAUGCAUUAGGCCUCUUCCUGCAUUGCUCCCUGAUGGGCAAUCUCUGGAUUUAUUUAAACUUUUCCGGGUGGUGAGAAACAGAGGCGGCUUUGAUUUGGUUAACGGUUUCUGGACCUUUGUUGUAAAAGAGCUAGGGUUGGAUAUUAGAGCUUCAACUUCAGUUAAAUUAAUCUAUUUUAAGUACUUGUAUGAGUUGGAAAGAUGGUCGAGGGGAAGCUUUAGAGAUGGGAAAUUGGCAACUGGGCAGUGUCACCUGGAUGGGAAUUUAAGCUGUUUAUCAACGGAAUUAGAGACAGAGUUUAGAAGUUUAUUGUCACAUGAAUAUCGAAAGGGGAAGGAUGGUAAACAUAAGAAAAAUGGCAAAAACAUUAAUAUGGAUGUCUUGCAGAGUAAAAAAGGUCUUCUGGAUAUGAAAGAUCUACAUGAAGUCUGCAAUGGCAUUGGAAAUAAGCAUACUGAUGAUGAUGAUGAAAAAUUUCGUGAUUACAAGGAAAAUAAAUCUUAUGAUGAUGAUGAUGUUGUGAUCCUCGAUCCUAGAAUUGGCAAAAAAAUAUUUGAUUCACGGAAGAGAAAACGAGAAUCACUGUCAACAAUGCUGAAAUGGGUGAUCCAAAUUGCAAAAUGUCCUGAUGGUCCUUUGAGUGAGGAAAUACCAUCUAAGUUUAAGGACUAUAAAGGCAGAGAGUUAUGGGCCCAGGCUGUCAGGGCACGAGAUGCUCUCCUGCGCAAAAGGCUUGUUGAUUCAAAUUCUGAACGAUCUCUCUUACAGAGCAAUCACAAGAUGCAUCCAUCCAUGUAUGAGGAGGUUACUGCUGCCACUGACCAGUCUGCGGAGAGGUUAAGAUGCAGUGAGCGGCUUCAUACUUUAGUGAAGCCUCGUUCAUGCUCUUGUUGCAAUUCAUGUGCUGCUCAAAGUCAAUUGAUUGGUUCCCCCAAGACACAGUUUGAAGAUUGCCUGAAGGGGCAACCACUUGUAAAUGAUGAUUUAUCUGAUGCAAAAUCUACACAAAGUCCAUCUGGGGAUGAAAUACAGAGGCAUGUUCCUGUGGGUCCUCGUUUUCAAGCUGACGUCCCUGAAUGGACUGGCAUGGUUUCUGAGAGUGACCCUAGAUGGCUAGGCACACAAGUAUGGCCUUUCGAUGGAGACCAUAAUGCUCCAGUUGAAACAGAUUCUAUUGGAAAGGGAAGACGUGAUGUCUGUAGUUGUCAGCUUCCAGGGUCUGUUGAAUGUGUCAGAUUUCACAUUGCUGAAAGCAGAAUGAAAUUGAAACUUGAACUAGGCCACAUGUUCUAUCAAUGGAGAUUUGAUCACAUGGGUGAGGAAAUUUCACUUAGAUGGACUGCUGAAGAAGAAAUGAGAUUUAAGAAUAUGGUUAGAUUUAAUCCCCCAUCACUAGACAAGAGUUUUUGGGAUGAUUAUAGAAAGUACUUCCCUAGAAAGAAAAGAGAGGAGUUGGUUAGUUAUUACUUCAAUGUUUUUGUGGUUCAGCGCAGAAGUUAUCAGAAUCGUGUGACUCCAAAACAUAUUGAUAGUGAUGAUGAUGAAUCAGAGUUUGGAUCCUUGAGUGACAAUUAUGGUCAUAGAGCAGUCCAGGUUCCCGGCAGCAACAAGUUGAUAUGUUCAGAGAAUAAGCAGUGCACUGAAAUUGAGUAGACUAUCCAGUCGCUCUGAUUUGAAAUUUGAACAACUGAUGUUUUUACAUCCAUUUUUGGAAGUUCACAAUUGUUCACUUCUUAUUCCACUACAGCAUCACUUGAUGCCUCUGAAAGUUUUGAUAGAAUUAGCUGAUCAGAUUUUGAGAGUGAUACAAUUUUAGACAGAUUUACCAAUACGGUGGAGCUAGCUGAUGGGGAGUUUUGGUCGGCUCUAGGAAAAGAAUUUAGGAUGUCAAGUUCUCCCCGUGCUGCCCAUCGAGUGACGUUGAAUUAUGCAGACGCUCAACUUUAGGUUGGGAAACUGUCUACAGUGGUUUCGUCCUUUGUUAUACAACUUGAAGGAAGAAAAAAUAGAGAAAAGGCACAAUGGUGGGGCCGAUGUGCAGGAGAGUUUCAAAUUCUUUCCCUUUCCAGUUCUUCACAUCAUGCUGGAAGAUGUGGAUGAUGGUUUUCUUGGCAAUGUAUUUUGAUUCUCAUGUUCAAUAUUCAUGUAUUAGUUUGUUAUUUUGGUCACAGUUCUAUAGAAGAUAGGUAUACAGACAAGUUUUCUUGUGAUAACUUGCCACUCUGAAAUGCCUGGAAUUUGCAUCUUUUCUUGAACAUUCACUUUUCUUUUUAUUUUUGAUAUUGAGCCCAUUAAUGAAUGUUAUUGUUAUCGAUUGUUA